AGAUGUAACACCCUGAUCUGGCUCGUGUGGUAGGAAGAUGAGUCGCUGUUGAGAGUGAAAGUAUACCAGUCAUUUUUAAAUGGGGAAAUGAAGACGUGAAUGCAAAUGAAAAGGGUGAAGAGGAAACAACCACAAAAAGAACGCCAGAAUUCUUUUCUGACGCUUGCUAGUUGUGGUAGCCUCUCUGAUUUACAAUGAACUGUCGACAGAUUGACAUGCAAACUAGGAUUGACUAGUUGAUGUCUUACUACACUGAUGGAAAUAAUAUUUGUCAAAAACUACAGUCUAACUUUAAAUGCCAGGAUUUGUGAGGCUCGUUGAAUACUCGCGAUUAUAAAGCAGUGGAACACGCUAAAUUUCCCGGAAGUACGCCUGUGCCCAGUCUAGGAAAGACUGAAAAGUCAAUGAGCGGGAGGCAUGGCUGACUGGAACCUAGGUGUGGGGACACUGAAUGAGAACGAACUCAAUAGGCUUGCUGUCCUGCUGGACAAUGCCAAGUGUGGGUGGAAACAGCUGGCUAAAGCUGCCACAGAUGAACCACGCUUACGUUGCAGCGAAAGUGAGCUGACCAAUUGCUCGCUCCAGGUCUUGAACUGCACUGGCAGUUCAGGACGCUUUCUCCUUGGCAUGCUGAAAGACCGUGGCUGCACCUUGGGCUUUCUCCUGCAGUGUCUCCGGAAGAUGGAGCAUCAUGAAGCAGUGGAAUUUCUCACCGUUACAGUGGAGCAGAUCCAUAUUACAGUGCAGCCUCAGACACAGCAGGCCCAAGAGGGGAGCAGAGUGGUGCUGAGCUGCAAGGCCACUGGCCCACCUAGUCUUGGCUACCAGUGGUUCAGAGGCAAAGAGGAGAUCCCAGGCGGAUAUGGCCCUGAUCUAGUUAUGCCUUUCCUACGAAUGGCUCAGCAGGGCCACUAUAUCUGCCGUGUUAACCAUGGGGAAAAGUUUAUCUUCUCCAACUGGGCACAUGUGCGUGUAGUCCAGUCGGGAAACUCCAGCUCAGAGGUUAGUAGUACCAUGUUUCCUGGAUCUGGAUUGCGGAUCACUUGUCAGCCAAGGCAGCAGACACUAUCUGAAGGAGAUGGUCUCCUCCUUCAGUGUUUUGCUGAGGGAAAUCCUCCUCCUCGAUUCCAGUGGUACCGUAACAAAACACCUGUAGAAGCAGCAACAAAACCCAAUCUGAAGAUAGCAUGUGUAACAACAGCAGAUAGAGGAAGGUACUAUUGUCGAGUCGAGAACCUUUUCCAUGAAAUCAAGAGUGAAGAGGUCAACAUAAACAUUGGACCAAGUGAUACCCACUGGAAGUCAGAUGAUGAAGACAUGUCCAUAGGACCAACUAGGCAGUCUAGCUGCUUCUAUGCCACAGAUAAGGUUGCUCUCCUAAUGGGCAACAUGAACUACCUUCACCACCGCCAGCUUCGUGCACCUAUGGCUGAUGUGCAUGAACUUACAAACCUGCUCCGCCAAUUGGACUUCAAGGUCGUAUCUCUGCUGGAUCUUAACUGGCAGGAGAUGCACAGUGCUGUGACAGAGUUCCUCCUGUUGCUCGGUCAUGGUGUCUAUGGGCUUCUCUACUUUGCUGGCCAUGGUUAUGAGAACUAUGGUAAUAGUUUCAUGGUGCCCAUUGAUGCUCCAGCCUCCUAUACCUCAAAGAACUGCUUGUGGGUUCAAGAGGUGCUACAGCGAAUGCAGGAGCGGGAUACCGGUCUUAAUGUCUUUCUGCUGGACAUGUGUCGCAAAAGGAACUUAAAUGAUGAAACCAUACCCCAACCUGAUCCUCGUAAGGUGACGGCAAACAUAGUGUUUGGUUAUGCUACGUGUGUGGAUGCUGAGGCAUAUGAGGUGAAUAAGGAUGAUCUGUCCAAUGGCAUUUUCAUAAGCUAUCUGAAGAAAAGACUGAUGGAGGAUGAGAAGGUCACUGUAAUGCUGGACAGAGUGGCUGAGGACAUGGGCCAGUGUAGAAUCACACGUGGUCGGCAGGCCCUGGAGCUACGAAGUAAUCUGUCAGAACGGCGAGCGCUAACAGACAAAAUCCAGAGCACUGACUGCCCUGUUACGUCAGCGCGCAACCUGCAAUGGUCUAUCGCUCAUGUUCUGCCAGAGAGCCGGACAUUGGAGUUUAAGUGUGGCGUAAAGGUGCAGCUGGGUUUUGCAGCGGAGUUCUCCAACAUAAUGAUCAUCUAUACCCGGAUAUUAGACAAGCCCAACGAUAUAGAACAGUGUUCUGCCCAACUGUCUGACUUCUCUGAGGACCUUGAGAUAGACCUGAAACAUACAAAUCAGGAGACUUUGGAGGAAGCUGGGAGUAUAUUAUUUACAAUAGAUUGUCUGCCACAACCCGAAGUCCCAAAGCUGUAUACCCGUCUCAAAGCACUCCAGAGACUAAAGAAAGAGCUGACAUUUACAGUUUGUCUUCACUACCAAUACUCAAACCUGGAGGAGGAGGAGGUUCAAGAAAUACAAACAGUCUCCAUUGGCAAGCCUCUGGUGUCCAAACUGAAUCUCCAUGAGCCACGCUUGGCCCAUUGUUCCUCAUUGUCCUCUAGUGAUUUUCAGUCAACAAGCCUAUUGGAGUCAGCCACAUUCCCCCAAGGCCUUUGUGAUCCCACCAGUCCAUCAGCUUCCACAUGCUGGUCCUACUACUCUAAUGCAGGGGAGCCUUCAGAAGGGCCAUCCUCAACUAAAGUGAAUGUGCCAGAAGAAAAUCUUGACACUGAUGACUGCCCACCUUACACUGCAGCCAAAAGCCUUCCCUAUGCUCGUGUGGAGGAUGUUACAUACAGUUUCAGCAAAAUGCAGAAUUUUCAUUCCUUGUAGAGCUGAUGGAUGAAGACGAAUUUAGGUUUUCUACAUAUUGCUGUGUUGUCCAAUGUUUUUGUCAAAUUAUUAUUAUUUGAAGAAGACAGACAUUAGUGACUGAAGAUGUGAGUUUGUUGAUAAACCUUACUAAGAGUAUAUUUUCCUCUUGUUCAAAAAAGAUUUUACAAAACCAUCAACUGAAUAAAAAUUACAUA